GGUGCACGCUGGACAUGUAAACCCAGAGAAGCAACGUGGAUAGUGGAAGAUUAAAGUGUUAUUUAUUGAAUUCAGCUUUGGCAGAGCGUUAUUGUCCCAUGCUUUCGUUCGCUUGGAUUUAAAAACAUUUGACUCACAAACGCGGCUAAAAGAUGGGGAAGGCACCUAAGAAGAGGAGCCUUGCUGACAAGGUCCGCAAAACCAAGACCUCUACUGAGAUCAAAAACAACCCUUUUGAGGUGAAAACCAACAGGAAGAAAUUUGAUGUUCUGGGGAGAAAAACCAAGCAUGAUGUGGGUCUACCUGGAGUGUCUCGAUCCAAAGCCAUUAAUAAGAGAAAAGAAACCCUCCUGAAGGAAUACAAACAGAAGAACAAGUCCAACAAAUUAAUAGACCGACGCUUUGGAGAGUAUGAUACCAACAUGGCACCAGAAGACAAAAUCCUACAGAGGUUUGCGAUGGAGAGACAGCGCGUCCAUGAAAAGAAGGAUGUGUACAACCUGAACGAGGAGGAGGAGCUGACUCAUUAUGGCCAGUCACUGGCUGAGAUGGAAAAAUUCAAUGACACUGUGCACAGCGAUGAUGAAUCAGAAGAGAAGGGUCUUUUAUCAGCCGAACUCACUGCCUCCCACUUCGGAGGGGGAGGGGGAGGCCUCCUCAAAAAGAAAGCGUCAGGGGAUCAGCAGGAGGAAGACGGAAGCCCGAGGGCCAAGUCCAGACAGGAGCUCAUUGAAGAGCUCAUCCAGAAGUCCAAGCAGGAGAAGCGGGAGAGACAGGUGCAGAAAGAGGAGGCGCAGGAGCUGACUGAGAAGCUGGAUCAAGAGUGGAAGAGCAUCCAGGCCCUCAUGGUGAAGAAGACGCCCAAAGCCGAAUGUGCCGACAACCCGGAGGAGAAGCCAAAGGUGGAGGUGUAUGACAUGAUGGUCAGAGAGCUGGGCUUUGAGAUGAAGGCUCAGCCCUCGGAGAAGAUGAAAACCCAGGAGGAGCUCGCCCGGGAGGCGAAGGAGAAGCUGCAGAAACUAGAAGCUGACCGUCUGAGGAGGAUGAUGGGAGAUGAAGUCGGGGACAGUGCACAGAGUCAGGUCCACAUGUCUGCUGAUGACCUCAAUGAUGGCUUCAUCCUGGAUAAGGAGGACAAGAAGACUCUGGCUUACCAGGAUGGAAAAUGGAACAUUGGAGAGGAGUCUGAGGAAGAUCAGGAGGAGGAGGAGGAGGAGGAGGAGGAGGAGGAUCAGGAUCAGGAAGAGGAAGAGGAAGAAGAGGAGGGGGAGGACGAGGAGGAGGAGGAGGAAGAAGAAGAAGAAGAAGAAGAGGGACAGGAGGGCAGCAGUGAAGAAGAAGAUGGUCACUCAGACCUGGAGUCCGAGCAGGAAAGCGAGGAUGAGGAAAGAAAACAGGAGGAUGAAGAGACCAGUGCCAAACCAAAAAAGAGUCUGACUAAAGAGGAGAUGAAGGCUCAGCAGGAGGCGGCUAAAGCGGAGCUCCCGUACACAUUCACUGCUCCAGAGAGCUACAGUGACCUGAAAGAUUUGCUCCAUGGUCACACCCCUGACAACCAGCGCCUCAUUGUGGCCAGGACUCAGAAGUGCAACCAUCCCAGUUUGGCUGUAGGCAAUAAGCUCAAACUGCAGAAACUGUUUGGCUUUCUGUUGGAGUACAUUGGAGAACUGGCCACCAGGAGUCCCCCUGAACUCACCACCGUAGAUAAGCUCAUACCAGAGUUGUAUGCUUUGUGUCAGAUGUUUCCGGAAGCAGCCUGUAAGGCUGUGCAGAGCAUCCUCGGAGACGCCGGCCAUAGCAUGGAGGAGGCGCUAGAGGUCAAAGGGCACGUUGCUUUCCCAGCACUAGACAUGCUGAUCUACCUGAAGGUGACGGCCCAGCUGUUUCCUACCUCUGACUUCAGACACCCUGUUACCACUCCAGCGCUGCUUUACAUCAGCCAGGCUCUCACCAAGUGUCCAGUGAGAUCAUUACAGGACGUGACAUCAGGUUUAGUGCUGUGCUGUCUGGCAGUGGAGUACGUCUCUUUUUCAAAGCGCUUCCUGCCUGAGCUCGUCAACUUCCUGGCUGGAACGCUGCACCUGGCCGUGCAGGACAAGACCUCUAUAGGUUACACUGUGGUGCCGCCCUUUAGGCCGUCAGGGAAGAGCAGCGAUCUGCUGGUGCUGUCGGACUCUGAGUCCUGCAAGAGCUGGAGCAAGAAAAGCCUUCCGCUGUCAUCAACCCAACACCUGGAGCUCAAAAAUGACCUGGACAGAGAUCACCAUAGGUUGAUGUGUCUGUCUACUUGCCUGGACCUGGUGAAGCGGUGCUGCCUGCUCUACAAAGACCUCAUGUCCUUCACAUGCAUCUUCCAGCCAAUAAGAAUGCUGCUUUCCAAACACCUUUUGGCCCAGCCGUUACCAGAGCUUUUAAAGGAGCUUCACAGUGAGAUCCUGGAGACCAUCAGCAGCGCUCCUGUGACUCGUAGUCGGCUGGUUUUAGAGAAGAAGAAGCCCGUUCCUCUGAAGCUGCUCACGCCAAAGAUCGUUGAAGUGUUGGACUACGGAAAGAAGCGCGGCAGCACCCGAGAGGAGAGAGAGAAGGAGCGAUUGAAGCACAAGUACAAGAAGGAGUUCAAGGGCGCUCUGAGGGAGAUCAGGAAGGACUCGCGCUUCCUGGCCAGAGAGAAGCUCAACGAGGUCAUGAACAGAGACGCAGAGAGAAAGAGGAAGGUGAAGGAACUCUUUGGCAGUUUGGCCACUCAGGAGGGAGAGUGGAAGACCCUGAAGAGGAGGAAGAGGAAGUGAAGGAGUCUCAGUCUCCAUCUCUUCUCUCCAUUACCUGUUCCCUGUCAAAUGGACAUCUCCAGCGGUGGAUAACAACCUGUACAAGGUUGAAAUCUGUGGAACUGCGAACGUUGUGCAUCAUUUUUUAAUCGUGAGGAUAAAUCAACUUCCUUGUCGCAACACAUAUUUUAUAUUGUUGGAGAAAUAGCUGUCGGGAAUGGACACCAUGUUGUCAAAUGCUCUCAUGUAGGCGUUUGACAAAUGGAUACUGUUGUUGGAAGUGUCAGUCAACACUGCCGUGAAUAUGCCAUCAAUAUUAUAUGCUUAAACAGAGAAAAAUAAAUGACAGAGUUCUCUUUGUUUUACAUCAACAAUGCAUGUGUGUUGAACAGUAAAGCUCAGUAACAUAAGGUCUGAGAUAUUCCCACCAUGAUAAAAAUGUAAAAUAAUUUCUAAUGCUUCAUUAAAUAGCCUUUUUACAUAUACGUAUGAUUGUCAGUUCUAUUACAUAAAGCUUAUAGGUUGUUCAGUGGGCGUCUUUAGAGGCAGUGAAGUCAGUUUUAUAGUUAUUUUUUGUAGAUUGAAAUCUCAGCCAUACCGGGUUGUUAAAAGAAAGCAGGAGGGAUGGUGAGGGGCAUAAAGUUUGAUCUCCUGUGUGAAAUAUGGAGAAGGAGACGAGGUUUAAAGCUGCCCUUAACAAAGAAAGACAGUUGUAGAUUCACAUAUUUUCAAGGGAUUACAACAGAGUGGGUGUGAUUCAGGCAGUGGUCAGUGAGUUGAGACGACGGUUUAGUGGUGGAGUGAUGAAGUCUUGUGACGACUGUGAUGGAUUAACUUUUAUCAUAUUGAAAUAGAAAAGUCAAAUGUUGAUCCACUUUUAACAAUAAGUCUGGCAUUAUUGUAUUUUGUUCUAAUUGUCAACAAAUCCCAUGAAAAGACAGUGUGUGUUGGAUUAACUCCAAAUAAACCACAUUAGCCUU